AUGGCUGUCAGCGGGUUUGGAGGCUAUGGCUUUAGAACUCUCAAAGUGAACAAGAACAAUAAAAACAUUGAGAUGCCAAAAUUAGAUGCCGCUUUUGGAAAUACACCUCGAAGAGCGCAGUAUGAAAACCCACCGCACAUUUACGCUCUUGCAGACAGCAUGUACAGAAACAUGAUUAUUGACAGAGAAAAUCAGUGUGUCAUUAUUAGUGGGGAAAGCGGUGCUGGGAAGACUGUGGCUGCUAAAUACAUCAUGAGUUACAUCUCCAAAAUUUCCGGAGGUGGCCCUAAAGUACAGCAUGUUAAAGAUAUUAUUCUACAGUCCAACCCUUUACUGGAGGCCUUUGGGAAUGCAAAAACUGUACGGAACAACAACUCUAGCAGAUUUGGGAAAUAUUUUGAAAUCCAGUUUAGCCCGGGUGGAGAACCAGAUGGAGGGAAAAUCUCCAACUUCCUACUGGAGAAAUCUCGCGUUGUAAUGAGGAAUCCUGGAGAGAGGAGUUUUCACAUUUUUUACCAGCUAAUUGAAGGGGCCUCCUCGGAACAAAAAAGCAGUCUUGGCAUUACCAGUAUGGACUACUAUUACUAUCUGAGUCUCUCUGGAUCCUACAAAGUUGAUGACAUCAAUGACAAAUCGGAUUUCCAGGAAACACUGCAUGCAAUGAGUGUGAUUGGCAUCUUUGCAGAGGAACAGGCACUGGUGCUGCAGAUAGUGGCAGGAAUACUGCAUUUGGGAAACAUCAGCUUCAAAGAAGUUGGCAACUAUGCAGCAGUGGAGAGCGAGGAGUUUUUGGCUUUCCCCGCUUUUCUCCUGGGCAUUAACCAGGACCGCCUAAAGGACAAACUGACCAGCAGACAGAUGGACAGCAAGUGGGGAGGCAAAUCCGAGUCCAUUAAUGUCACGCUCAACGUGGAACAGGCCUGCUACACCAGGGAUGCGCUGGCCAAGGCCCUCCAUUCCCGGGUUUUUGAUUACUUGGUGGAUUCUAUUAAUAAGGCUAUGGAGAAGGAUCAUGAAGAAUAUAACAUUGGUGUCCUUGAUAUUUAUGGCUUUGAAAUAUUCCAGAAAAAUGGUUUUGAACAGUUCUGCAUCAACUUUGUUAAUGAAAAACUACAGCAGAUUUUUAUUGAACUGACCCUGAAGGCAGAACAG